UUGGAAGAACUGUGGUUGGGUGAUGAUGAGGAAGAAGUGAUGACUUUGGUGGACUGUCUGUCUGCAGAGUGCCGCUGUAUCCCAGCCAUCACUGAUGUCUCCCAUCUUUAUCCACGACUAACGCCCCACCCGAAGCGUGUACAGCAACACUCAGUCCACGAUUCUCGCGGACCUCCGAAGCAGCCUUCCGCAGAUAUCAUGGAGGAGCUGACACCUGAUUUUGCUGCUCUGCCCUUCCCCUUGACAGAGAAGGCACCAACAACAGAAACGAAGGAGGAUGCAAGAGAGGCAGAAGAGGAAAACUAUUCGGCGCUUUCUAUGAAGGUGGCUAGUGGUCUACUGCGCAUCUCUGUGCCUGAAAUGCGCACCAAAUCUUUGCAGGGAGAAACGAGCGCACCAGUACUUAGUCUGCUUCCAACCGCCCCAGCCUCUUCAGCGCCAGUCAGCCGGGAAGCUAUGGACAACGAGGUCAGCUCUCCCGCCUGUUUCUCUUCUCCAACACUUCAAACAGAACAACAACAACAACAAGAGGAACAACAAAAACAGGAGCCAAAGCAGGGAGAACAGCAAGAUUCGGCAACCUCUUCUCAAACGGUUUCAGACAGUCCAAGUGACCUAGAUGUCUGGGUGCUUUCGAAGUCGAGCAGUUCAGUGGAGGCUAAUUCGGGGGAUGAAAGGGCAACAGAACAGGCGACAGAAGAGGAGGAGGACGAGACAGCUGAAGAGGUUGGCCUGAUUCAGCCGGUGCAUGAUCCUGCCGAUGGCGAUGUUACGCCUCAACAGCACUCCUGUACUCCACUCCUGGUUUCACAGGACGAAGAGACUUUUGUUGAGACCUUGCCAACGGUCUCGAGCCUGCAAUCCCCAGAUGUUGAAGACGACCUUUCUCAACUAGCAGCCGCUGCCGGAGUAAAUUUGGCUGCCGAAUUUGCGCAAACACCUGAUGAUGAUGAGGUAGAAGAGGAAGACAAUGGCCGUGAAGAAGAUGAUAAGGAAAGUGGCCAUCUCCUUGACGAGAUAGUGGUCGAGGAAGUUGAAAUGGAUGUAGAACAACUGUCGCCGAUCCAAGAAGUAACUGCACACGAACACCUUUCAAGCCGGGAAGACUCUCUUGAUGAGGAUGACGCCAACCUAUCACUUCCUGAGGAUUUUGAGCUCGUGCCGGCUCAGGAAGAUGCCGACUCACUCUCCUCAUCGUCGACUUCGCUUCCGCGGACCUCACGCCUUCUCACAAGACCUCCUAACGAACGACUCUCUACUUCAUCCCAACGCAGCACCGAACUCACUGCAGGCUCUGUCUGCUCAGAUACCGCGGACGAAUCUAGCCGUGACAGUCAGUCUACUGUCGUAUUCAUGGGCCUACCAUUGGCAACUGGUCCCACGCGUUUUGCACGCCCAGGAGGACCCGAGUCUGCAGAGGUCGUUAUGACCUUACUGCCAUCUCCUCCCACAGAAAACAAGGAACUCACGGAGCCCUCGGUCCCGACAAGUCAUCACCUCUCCGGCUUAGCGUCAACACCCAGUCUAUUAGGCCGAUCCACAUCCAGUGGUGUCUACUUCCCGCAGAAGUCACGACUAGGCAAAAUGCAGGCGCUUGCAGCGGGUCCAGGUGUGAGCGCACCCGCCCUCACUCAGGCGUCAGACCUUGACAGUAAAUCAUCUUCUUUGAGCGAAUUUGAGCGAUUAGAAAGGCAGAUGUGUGCUACCUCCUCGCCAGAGGCAUUACAAGGGAAACAGUCUCCUAGCCCAGCCCUUCAAACGAGCUCCAGCAGCAAAACUCCAAGUUCCUUAUCUGAAUUUGAGCGUCUGGAGACCGCCAUGGAGGCUGCCACCUCCUCCUCGCGUAGUAGCAGCAGUGACAUACGGCCUAAGAGAUCAGAUGCCGGCGGUGGAGGCGAAAGAAGUUCUCAAUUGUCGCUGACUGAAUUCCUUCGGAUUGAAACGGAAUGUCAGAAAGAAGAUCUGGGAGAUACCGCGGCUGAAAGCGUGCCUAGUCCAUCGACUUACACAAAAAUCGAUACCAUUUACGAAGAUACGCUAGCAGAACAGGCUUGUCAAAGUUUGGAGUCUUCCAGACAAACAGAUGAUGACCUUUCUUCGUCUGGUGCAGGUCAAAUGUCUUCAGUGCCGGCCACCGUCGCCCAAGAAGCCAUUGAGGGCUCCACUUGCGAGUCAGACUCCCUAACACAGUCUUCUCUUUGUGAUUCGCUUAUUCCAACAUAUUCACUGGUGGAUAGCAGCUCCUUCAGUUUCCGCGAACACCAACCAUCAGCUAAUAUUCAGUACAUCAUCCGAGAGGCACGUGAUGUUAUCGAACGUGGCCUCUCUAGAGAGCGGGAUUCCCUUGGUGAGGAAGACUCCCUCACUUCCUCCUCCGAUGUCGAGGACUUGCCAGGCCGUUCGUCUUCUGUGGAGCUGGAACAACACCAGGAGCCCUCGGGUCAGAGCUCUUUGCCAAGAGGCUUUUUGCGCACCUCACAGGACUCCCUUGAUGACAUCCUGCCGAUCCAAGGUUGUGAAGAUACCUCAAUAUCCUCAAGCUCUUUCUCACAGGCCCUUCAUAGUUGCCCAAUGACCGAUUCUCUGGAGGACAGUGGUGCUGCAAUGGCCAGCUGUAGCCGUACCUCAACCCAGCCACCCUCUGGAACUGAACUAUCAAAACCAGCUGGCGUCAUUGAUACCCAUACCGCUUUUGCCUUACGAGACCAGGGCGAAUCAGAAGAUGUUGUCCAAGAAGGCGGAGAAAAAGAAUCAAAGAAGAGGCAGUUGAGCAGUUUGGAGUUACGAGCAACAAGUGAUGAUGAAGCCUUAGCCAAACGUAGUCGAACACAGGAGGGUCGAAUUAGCUCUCGUCUGGGCCCUUCCAUGAGCAGCGGCUCUCUGCACGAUGCUUCUGUGCUCGGUCUGGAAGCUGCUCCGGUUUCCCGAACCGACUCAAAUCUUGGCUCAACCAUAUUUGACAUUUCGGAAGAAGAACUCGGAGUUGGAAGUGGGAAGUCGAAUGUCCUACCACCAGCCUCCCUCACCUGCAGCCCUCUCAGAAGCAUGACGUCCUCUCAGACGUCUGAAAUGCCUGAAGUUCAUGAAAAAGUCGAACCUGGUACGUUAGUGGAGACUAGCGGACUUCCACCAAUCUCACAGCUUACAGAACUCCUGACCGAAGCUCCUCCUUUAGAAUCGCCGUCAGCCACCCAGCAGAAAUGUGAGCCAUUCGUCUUCAAGGAAGUCGAAGACGACUUUACAGUUAUCACACGACAAACAGACGUCCAGACCACUGAAAGCACUGCAAGUCACGUAGCGCCCGAAGAUAAGACCGAAGAAGGAAAGUAG